AUGACGGUACAGGAUGCACGGCAAUUGAGCCCCGUCGCGAGCUACAUCGCAGGCUGCUCCGCCGGCUCCGCCGGCAUUGUGACCGGCUUCCCAUUCGACACGGUGAAGGUCCGCCUCCAGAACCAGCAGAUCGGGCAUGGCACUUCCUGGGGGACAUUCAAGGGAAUCCUGCGCCAUCAAGGGGUCAGGGGCCUCUUCACGGGCUUGAGCCCCCAGCUCGUUGGUGGCGCGCUCGAGUGUGGCGUGAACUAUGCGGUCUACAACGAAUCGCUCUCCUUCUUGUCUCGUGAUUGGCAUGCCCCAUCGGCGCUCAGUGUCCCGCUGGCAGGCGGGGCGGCGGGCUUCUUUCUCAGCAUCAUCCUCAGCCCCGCUGAGCUAGUCAAGUGCCGAAUGCAGGCUGCUGAUGCCCGGCUGGCCUUCAAGACACCCCGGGACUGCCUGCGCCACCUGUUCCAGACCGAGGGACUGCGUGGCCUCGCGCGUGGCUUCAGCGGUACCCUCGCUCGGGAGAUCCCCGGCAACGCCAUCUACUUCUCCACCUACACCGUCAGUCUUUCUGUGGGGCUGGCGCUGCGCAGCUGCAUCCCUGGCAAGCCUCCGGCGACGCGUUCAGGGGAGGGGUGCUCCAGCGCCCCCGCGUCAGCCCCCACCCUGCUGCAGCGGCUGGCCAAUGCCAGCUCGAUGGUCCUGGCCGGGGGCGCGGCCGGCACGGUGAUGUGGGCGCUGGUCCUGCCCAUGGACGUCGCCAAGACGCGGAUGCAGGUGGCGCUGCCAGGAUCGAGGCGCGAUCUAUCCCUGCCGGCCACGCUGCGCGCGCUGCGGCGCGAGGGCAAGCUGUACACGGGCCUGGCGCCCACGCUGGUCCGCGCCUUCCCGGCCAACGCGGCCCAGUGGGUGGUCUGGGAGCUGGUCGCGGGGCUGCUGGAGGGCCACUGA